AUGGAGUUUCCUGAUGACUUCCUGCUCGCCGAGCUGAGUCACCUGCAGCUCUACAACGACUCGCUCUUUCCGAACAACUUCACCGGGGGCUACAACGAGACGGAAGCUCUGCUGCCGAUGGGGGUGAAGGUCACCAUCGUGGUCGUCUACAUGAUCGUCUGUGUCAUCGGCCUGGUGGGAAACUUCCUGGUCAUGUAUGUCAUCAUAAGAUACACCAAGAUGAAGACGGCCACGAACAUCUACAUCUUCAACCUGGCUCUGGCCGACUCUCUGUUCCUCGCCACGCUACCCUUCCAGGGAACCGACGUGUUCCUGGGCUUCUGGCCGUUCGGCAACACUCUGUGCAAAGUGGUGGUGUCGAUCGACUACUACAACAUGUUCACCAGCACCUUCACGCUCACGGUGAUGAGCAUGGACCGCUACGUGGCCGUGUGCCACCCGGUCAAGGCUCUGGACAUGAGGACGCCUCACAAGGCCAAGGUGGUGAACAUCUGUGUGUGGGUGUUGGCUUCGGCGUUUGGGAUUCCAGCGAUGGUCCUGGGAAACAUCGAAGAAGAGCAGGAGCACAACACUGUGGAGUGCAUCAUGGUCUUACCUGAACCCCGGAGUCACUGGGAUCAGGUGUUCGGCACCUGCGUCUUCUUCUUCUCCUUCCUCAUCCCCGUGGCGAUCAUCAGCUUCUGCUACAGCCUGAUGGUCAAGCGCCUGCGCAGCGUCCGCAUCCUGUCCGGCUCCAAGGAGAAGGACCGCAACCUGCGCCGCAUCACCAGGAUGGUUCUGGUGGUGGUGGCGGCCUUCGUGGUGUGCUGGACGCCCAUCCAGAUCAUGGUCCUGGCCCAGUCGCUGGGCUUCAACCUCAGCAGCAUGUUCACUCUGGUCCUGAUGCACUUCUGCAUCGCGCUGGGCUACGUCAACAGCAGCUUGAACCCGGUGCUCUACGCCUUCCUGGACGAGAACUUCAAGCGCUGCUUCCGCGAGUUCUGCGGCCCGUCGCCGUUCCGCCUGGACACGCAGCAGUCCGGCCGGAUGAGGAGCAUCGCCAGGGAGGUGGCGGCCGCCUACAGCUGCAAGGCCGGAGACGGGGGGCUCGGGGGGGGGACACCGAAUCCUGCAUGA